AUGACUACUUUAAAACCUGAUUCUCAAAAUUUUUCAACUCCUGUCAUAAUUUAUCAAUCUUCUUCACCGGAAACUAUAAUUUCUAUUAGUAAUUGUCAAAAUAGUCCUGGUGGUAUUCUUGGUUAUGUAUGUUUUAUACAUGGUCAAAGUACUCCACAAAGUUUAACACCUGGCACGAAUUUUUGGAAAAUGAUAUCUUUUCUUUCUACAGGAAGAAUUAUUAAUUCUAUAGAUUUAUCUAGUAAUUUUGUUAUUGGAAAUGAUGUUAUCACUUAUAAUAUGACCUAUGCUUUACAUAAUGGUGGAAUUUUAAUGUUAGGUCCAAAUCAAAAUGGUACUUUAAGAGGAUCUAUCUUUAAUGAUAAUGGUGUAUAUGCUCAAGAUUGGGGUUUACCUACAUCUAAUGGAAUGAUUACUUCUUACUCUGAAAAUACUAGUACAAUUUGGGCAGUUGCUCCUGCAUCAAAUAGUUCUUCUUGGUCAGUGUAUUCUACCGAUUUACCUUCGCUUCUACCUAAUGUGGGAACAACUUCUAUUACUAUAACAUAUCGUCAAGAAGUUGCUCCAUCAAUUGCAAAUAUAAGUAUAUAUCAGUAUACAAAUAGCUCUGAUAAUUUACGUCAGACGCUUUCAUCCAAUUCAUCACAAGUCCGUUUUAUUACUGGACAAGCAAUAGAAAUUAAUUUAUUAUCAAGUACUUUCAAUCAAGAAGGAGCGAAUUAUUUUGUUACAAUUGAUCCAAGUUUUGUAAUUUUAAGAGGACUUGGUGAACCAAUACCAGGUGUAAAUAAUGGAACAUGGUCAUUUUUUACAGGGACAUCUAAUAAUACUUUUACAGACAAUAUUGAUGUGGCUGUCCGUCUAACAAUUGAUGGUUCUACUUAUUUCGAUGGAUUGAAUGAAAAUGGAAGAAUUAAUUUCUAUAAUGACCUGACCUCUUCCAUUGCAGCUGCUAUAUCAGUAGAUCCUUCAAGAGUAUCUAUGCAAAGACGAUAUCAACAUGAUGGUUCAGUAGAACCAUUUCAAAUUUUAUUACGUUUAACACUUGUUGCAGCUAAUCAAACAAAUCAAAUUAAUACACAAGUAAUGUUUGAAAGUUUAAGAGUUCUGGUUGGUAAUAAAACUAUUACACCUCUUAUGUUUUAUAACAGUAGCGCUUCUUUGGAUUCAAGUUUCGAA